AUGUUCUCCAGAGGCUCUAGAUUUCCUUCAAACAAACCAAGCGAGGUCCCAGGACCUGGCACAUACGACGUUCAAGACCCUGAAUAUGACGCCUACAAGCGAGGCGCAUUCCUCGAGAAGACCAAUCGGUUCAACAAAGAUAAGCCCUCCGAUGUUCCAGGCCCCGGAGUCUACGACACCGAACCCCCCAGUGCCCAGAACAGGCCGCCGACACGAAAUGCGCACAACACCACCGCAACAGACCGCCUAGCGGUCCUACAACGUAAACUCGAGGACCUAGAACGCAUACACGUCGAAGAGAAGAAAGCCGUGAGUCCCCGCUCCUCCUCCCCUUCCUCUCCCCUCAACCAAGUCUUCGCGCUCGCAGCACCACCUCGACCAGGAGCGGCUCAAGCUCGAGCUCAGCCGCGCGCAGCGCACUGCGGCGGAGCAGACGAACGCGCAGAGAAGCUCAAGCGGCAGACGGACGCCCUCGACGCACGCGUGCAGGAGCUCAAGCGCACCGGGGCGGCCGAGACGGCGGAGCUGCGCGAGGCCCGCGCGAAGCUCCGUACGAGCGAGCACGAGAGGACGCAGCUGCUCGCGCGGCUGGGCGAGGCGAAGGCGGAGGCGCGGCGGCGAGAGGACGCGAAGGAGAGGGAGCGGCGGGUCGGGGAGCUCGAGAAGGCUCUGGCCGCCGAGCGGAAGAAGAGGGAGGCGGCGGAGGAGAGGGCGAGGAGGCGAAGGGGGAGACGGAGGAGGGGUGCUGGAGGCGCAGAAGCAGGCGAUGGAUGCGCGCGGGGAGGCGGAGAGCGCGCGGGUGGCGUCGGGCGGGGGGGGACGCGAGGAGGAGCUGCUGGAGCAACUCGAGCAACACCGCUGGAGCGCAAGCUUGGCAACAGCGAUGGCCAAGUCGUCGAGCUCGCGCACCUCAUCCGCCAAGUCAAAGAGGAGAGGGCGUUCCUCGCGGAGCAGCUCGAGAGGCCCAACAAGACGUGGACGCACUCCGACUGGCCUUACGCGAAGAGCAAAGCACGUCGUUUCAUACCCGCUACCGACCUCACGCUCGACCUUCAAACCAUCUUGCGACUCGGCGUGUCGUUGAGGCCAACCUCGAAGCUUGGAGCAACCUCGAUCGCGUUCAGGCUUCCACCCUCCUUUAUCACGCCUCUGUCCUCUCCAAGGAAGCGCACCACGGCUGCUCGCAGCUCGACCGGCAUGCCCAGCAGCUCGCCGAAGCUACCUCGAUCCGCGAGCAGCUGUCCGAGCAGCUUCAGCAGGCACAAGUCGAGCGAGCUGACGCCAGCGUAUGCUCGCGGACACGACUGCGUCGCUCGCCGAAGCAGCGGCGCGGGCGGAGACGGUGCAAAACGAGCUCGCGCGUGCGCGGACAGAGAGCCAGGUGGAGGUGGCGAGGGUCGAGGAUCGCCUGCUACACGAGCGGCAGGUCGCACGCGGGCCUCGGCCGCCCUGGCACAUGCGAAACAAGCGGAGCAAUUCCUUCAGUCUGAGGUGGAGCAACUGAGUGCGGACCUUGCGGAUGCGGAGCGGUACCAGCACGCGUAUGAGACGCUCAUUGCGGAGGUCGACGCUCUCGUGGAGAAGAACGAGCUCGCGGAGGAGGAGGCGAAGCGACUGAGCAAGUUCAACGCCGAGAUCGUCGGACACAACAACCCUGCACAGCGGAUCCAGUAUGUGGAUCGCAUCCGGCGCGAGCUGCACGAAACAAAGCAGAAACUGCUCACGUCGACACGCGACCGCGACUUGGCGCUCGUGGACAACGAUGGCCUCCGUGCGGAGCUCGGUCUCUACAAGUCUGUCGCUGUUCCGCAGGACGCGAAACCCCGAACGACCAUUACGCGGUCGCUCGGCUCGCCGUUCCUAGCGAUCGACGAGCUCGUUGCUACUGCCACCCUCGUUUGGUGGAGCGAAGGGGAGCUGGGCUCUGCAGGCAGUUCAGUCUCGCGAGGGGCGGGCUUGACGAGCGUGCCAGAGAUGGAUGGGUACUUACCAGAGGACAUGACUUUGGACGAGCUCAAUUAG